AGACAAACUUUCUGGCUUUGUAGAUGGUCGUGUCAUUGGUACAAAGACCGGCUCAAUGUUGGUCUGACUUUAUGAAGACAGCCAUGCCAAGAGGAGGGAGGGAAACGCAGCCAACACGGAGGCCAUGGGGAGCAUCAGGGGGUUACGAGCGACAUGGGUCUCACGGACUCUCACGAGAGGGAGAACACGUCCGUAUAUGAUGACGGGGAUAUAGAGCUCUUCCUAGACGAGUUUCGAGGGCAUGCGGAGCACAUGGGCUGGACGGUGGCACAGAGGACAGAGAGGUUGAGGGGAGUUGGAAGAUUUGAGGAGCCCAUCGCACGGAUUCGUAGAGAGGCAAGGACUUGGCCAGAAAUAGAGUUGAGUAUGUCGGAGCUGAGGCCAUCGCCCAUGGGUCCAGACGGCGUGCCUAUCCGCCUAAAGAUUGUGAAUGUGGAGGAGUUCAUCCCUGCUUUUGAGCAGUUUAUGCACGAACAGAACAUAUUACGAGAUGAGUGGGCGUUGACACUACCUCUAUGGACUAGGAAGGCGGAGAGACUGUUGGUCAGUCAAAUCACGAAUAUGGCUCGAGACUGGGCAAGCUGCAGGGCACAUCUGAGAGAGGUUUUUCGACGACCAAAGCCACCUCAACCUAGGGUUGAGAGGCGGCAAAGGAGCAAGAGGCAGAGGGGACCUGAGGCCAGGGAGGCCAUCUCAUAUCGAGGAGGACGGAAGGCACUUGCUAGGCGGGAGGAGUCAGUACCUGAGGUUGAGGAGCGAGGAGCAUAUCCUGAGUGCGGACUUGGCCGGAUGGUGUUUCAUCGUUUCACUGACGGAGGAUUGAGAGGAUCCCCUCAGCUCGCGCAAGAGGAGAUGUCGCCGUCUGGAGGACCAUUGCAGGAGCUGGAGGCGCACCUGGACAUAUCACGAUGGAGGGUGCAUCAGGCUGAUGGGAGGUGUGAUGAGCCGGUUAGAGAUGUACCACGAGAGGAGGUCCAUAAGCCAGGGCAAAAGGCGGAACGGGGUGCUCAGGGAGAGAGAGUGAAAAAGGAAGUGAUAGAGGAAGUGAUAGAGGUUGGAGAGGAUACACUGCCUCGGACGCUGUCGGAGGGCACUGUGUCCCGGCCCUCCUAUGCCAAGUUUCCGCUCGGUACCAGCCUAGCUUUGACGUCUGCGGCUUGUCGGGUAGUUCCAGGGCCUCCACACUUCGCUUUGUAGGUCGGGCUAUACCUUGCCAAGGACCGGUCCAGUUGGCGCUUGCCCCUACAAAAGGUUGCGCCACUUGACUUU